AUGUCUGAGGCAAAGAAAAUUAAACUGAAUUCCUCUGGAACGGAACAUCACAACAGGAAUAGGAAAAUGGGCAAACGGAACUAUUACGCAAAGGCAAACGAGCAUGGUAAAGGUGACACAAUGAGAGAUCGCUGCAUGAAACCGGGCCAUCGUGGGUUUCUAGUAACGUGCAACGGGCAUGUUCGCGAUUGCGUUCGUGAUAGUUAUCGCAUCUUGAACGCUUAUGCAGAUGAACUGUAUGGUGCAAUGGACAAAAGCACUUUGCGCGAUGAAGAGCAACAAACCGAAGUAGCUAGUGAUGAAGAGGACAUUUCGAUUAAGCUUCAGAAGGAGGCAGAGGCCGCCGGAAAACAGCAGCACAACAAAUCCUUCCGCUUCCAGAGCGUGGAGAGUGGAGCCUUGAAUUGUCUCUUCAUUCAAACGUCUUUGCCGGAUCCGAAUGAGUUAACGUACAAACUUAUGAAAGAGUUGAGCGAUACUAAACAACACAAAUCUCGCUUUAUACUGCGAAUGUUACCGAUCCUCACUGUAUGUCGUGCGAACCUAAAGGAUAUUAUCGAUGCUGUUGGGAAGCUAAGCGACCAGUACUUCCUGAAGGAGCCGAAAACGUUUGCGAUUUUAUUUAACCGUCGGUUAAACAAUGAUUUGUCUCGGGACGAUGUAAUCCGCGAACUGGCGGAACUAAUCGCUGCCAAAAACUCAGGUAAUAAGGCGAACCUGAAAAACCCGGAUCUAGCGGUAAUCGUCGAAGUGAUCAAGGGACUGUGUUGUAUCGGCAUCCUUCCCGAAUACUACCAGCUGCGGAAAUAUAACUUGGUGGAACUAGUUGCUCCACAGAAUCAAAACAGCGCACCAGCUUCACAAGAACCUGCAGUUGCUAAGACGGAUGAGUUGGCUCCAGAACGUGACCAGAAAAAUGCGCCAGUUGAUGAGCAGGGUGAAUCUUUGGAAAAAAAGUACAACUUUGCCGGCAAGUGUUGAGUAAGAUACUUUAUA